AUGCCUGAAACCGCCCAGCAGCCCCUAAGCGCGCGGGCAGCGCAACGAAUCAACGACCGAGUGACCCGUGAGGUCUUUCGACUCGCUGGCCGUGAUCCCAACGAUCACAUGGAAUGCUUUAAAGCUUGUCUUGAAACUAUCGAGAAUACCAAAGUCGUCGAGGCAACCGACUAUGCUAUUUGGGAGAGACAGGAGCCUAUAGCAAUGGCUCUGCAAGAAUUCUCAAAUACCAACCGAACCACCAAGAGCGGCAACUUUUACAUGCUCUCAGCAACCACCGCCAUGCCUAUCGCCGCCACUCUGAACCUGAAGCACGUUGCCAUCGGCUCUGAUGGUAACGCCAAACCCAUCGUCAACGCUUUCUCCAAGAGUGCUGUGUGGGCUUACCUUGGUCUUGCCAUCGAUGUAUGGUCUGAGACUAGCGAGUCUCAGUUCUUCGUCAAGAAGUCUGAAGGGGAUUCAAAGCAUCCAACAGUUGGAAAGAUCACUCGUGGAAAGAUCGCAGUCACAACCAAUGUCUCCGGGGACACUGUCACUCCUCUGAUGCUUCUCAUCAUGGCAAGAUUGAACGGAUGGGUCAAGUCAGCACCGGGUGCCCCUUGUUUGAAAAAGGGGACUGUCGACGCGCCGCAGAUCAUCCACCGCCGUCAAGCGCUAAGCGAGGGCAAGGAAAUCCUUGAGAAACUAGGGAAUCGAAAGUUCAAGCAAAACGAUCCAGCUAUCAUCAGAGAGAUAAAGGCAUGGCUCUCGGAGCCCGUCAUCCGUGUGCUUCCGGAGGAGGCGAAGAACCGACUAUGCGACGACGCAGAUACGGAUCUGUCGGUCUGGAAAUACAUGGGCAAGACCGGUGCCACUCUUGCCUCCCUGGUAUCUGAUGAAAUUGACUGGAUUCAACUGGCUCAACAGGUCAAUGACGCAGAAUCAACUGCAGCUGUGAAGAAGCUGGUUGAAUUGCCAGACAAGGCCCGUGAGAUCCAAAAUUCUCAGCAGAACUAUCUACAGGAAGCAAUUCCCGAUCUGAUGGAACUCCGAACGACUCUCCUGGAGCAGCCCGGCUGCCAGUCGUUCCAGCGAGUUUUUGGACCUGCUUGGAACGAAUGCCUCCUGAGCCAAGAAGCUGACGGUACAAAGAAUAUUUUUGUUGGUGCUCUUCAGCGCCUGUUCGACACGAUUGCAUAUGCCGUUCCUCGAACACACCCCAUGUACGGUGCUUUUCUUGACAUGGCUUCCAAAAUGGACAUUGCUGUUAUGUCGUCCCUCGACCUUGAUCUGGUCAGAGUUAAAGAUCGUCACCAAAAGAGGCUCAACAUCAACGACGAUCUAUCCUACCGCAACGAAAUCGUGGCAAAUGUGGCCGAAGCUGUCGGCAAACUCGAUCGUGGAUCAGCAUCGCAGGAGCGACUUCUCCGUUCAAAGGUCUGUUCGAUUCUUGACGCAGCUGAUGCGCUGAUCCUGAAGGAGAACCUGCCGCGGGAGAUCAACAUCGUGAUCUCGACCAACACCAAUGACGAAUAA